CAUAGUCCAGAGAUUACGGUGGAGGGCGCGUGAAUGGAGUUUCCGAACGCGCACCCGGGCUCCGUCACGUGGUCGAGGCGCCGCUUCCCUCUCCUCGCGAGCGACCCAAAGAGAGAGACGGGGACAGAGAGAGAGAAACAGGAGCUGUGGAGCUGAGUGUGGGCGAUGGCGGUGGCCGUGGACAUCAAACUGAAGCGUGCAAACAAGGUCUACUACGAUGGGGAGACGGUGUCGGGGCUCGUGGUAAUCCAGGGCAGAGACACCGUCCAGCACCAGGGCAUCUCCCUCGCGCUCGAGGGCACGGUCACGCUGCAGCUCAGCUCCAAGAGCGUGGGCGUCUUCGAGGCGUUCUACAACUCCGCCAAGCCCGUGCAGCUCGUCAGCAGUUCCAUGGAGGUAGUGAAGCCGGGGAAACUGCCAUCAGGGCGCACGGAGAUACCCUUCCAGUUCCCUCUGAAAGCCAGCGGCAGCAGCAAGGUCCUGUUCGAGACCUACCACGGAGUCUACGUCAACAUCCAGUACACUUUGCGCUGUGAGAUGAAGCGAUCGCUGCUCAACAAGGACGUUCACAAAACCUGCGAGUUCAUCGUUCACACUCCGGCUCAGCCGGAGCCCACGCUGGACACGAUCGUCAAGUUCGCCAUCACCCCCGCAUCCCUGCAGAAGCUCAAAGUGAAGAGUUCCCUGCCCAACUUCCUGAUCAAGGGCUGCCUGAACACCACCAACUGCGAGGUGACGCGGCCGCUGUGUGGGGAACUGCUGGUGGAGCACUGCGACCUCCCCCUCAAGAGCAUCGAUGUGCAGCUGGUGCGCGUGGAGACCUGCGGCUGUGCCGAGGGCUACGCGCGCGACGCCACCGAGAUCCAGAACCUGCAGAUCGCCGAGGGAGACGUGUGCCGGGGAGUCGCCAUCCCCAUCCAUAUGGUCUUCCCACGCCUCUUCACCUGCCCCACGCUGCAGACCACCAACUUUAAAAUCGAGUUUGAAGUGAACAUCGUCAUCAUCCUGCAAGAUGACCACCUCAUCACAGAGAACUUCCCGCUAAAGCUGUCUCGGCACUUGGUGUGAUGAGCCCCACUCCUCCGCCUCCCGCUCUUCAACAGAUUGCUCACUCUCACCCCUCCACGCUGGACAUCAGCCGCCACUCCCUUGCAAUCACUCAUAUUUUUUCGCCGCUUCAUUCUCACGAGGAGUCAUCGGCGCAGCGUAGCCCUCAAACUCUGCCGCCACGAUCGUAGCCCAAGCUUGCCAAAAGAACUGCGCUCCCAGUAAAGCAGGUGUCCUGUUAGGCCAGGGCUUCGCUCAACACCGAGGGAGCCGUCACUCAUCGACAAGUCAGGAUGCUUGUGAGACCGAAUCACAUUCCAUUCGUGUGCAUUCGCAACGUGAUGACGAAUGCGACUGCCCUUGCUACGCACACCGGCCUUAACACAUGCGUGCGGGCGCUUCCUAGUGAACUCGUGGACACUCGGCCAUCUCUCCCGCUCUCUUCUUCCGCUUCUCCAUUCUCUCCAUCUCCAUUCCCGAGUUUCGUUUCUCUCAUCACUCGUCAGUUGUCUCAUGAUGUGUCCUGCCCAAUUCCACUGUUAUUCCCUUUGCUCUCACAGCAGUAUCGGCGACCCUUGCUCUUUUCCAUAUUUCUUAAAUUCCUUAACCUGUCACCUUCAACUUUGUGCAGAGACGAGUCUUUAACAGCCUCACGUGGCUCGGCUUAGGCUUGAGCCACUCAGUUGCUUCCAAAUUUGCAAUGAGCGGCUCGGCCCAUGGAAAUCCUGAUCUAUGAUCUUGCUCAGAGCCGGCUGAGCUGAGACAGAGAAUAUGGGCCUCAAGUCUUUUUGUGUGAACAUUCACAUUCUGAUGGUGUUCUGUCGACAGCCACAUUCUAAUUCACUUGUAACACAACUACAAAUGUUUCAACUACAGAUGUUUCAACAGAACACGCUCAGUGCAGACGGCUCCCGUCUGUAUGAGGAAGGUUCUCACAAAGGUCUCAAUCUGAUGUCGCCUGCACAUUUCACAACGCGAUCCCAGGCGCUCAGGGACCCAAGUGCGAGCAGCAGAGCUCAGGUCAUGAACAUGCUCAAGUCGACCCCGAGUUUCUUGUCCUGUUAACAUUGCGGGCAGACCAAGAGAGUAUUCUUUCGUAUGGCUGAUGUAGAUGCAGAGCAACAACUACAAUUACACAUUCAGUUGGUCAAGCCAAGUAACCGCAUCAGGAGUAGCGGAGUGUAUCGCUGUGAUGUCAUGGAGAGUCAUCCCUUCUCACUCCCUCGACAUGUUCAGUUUGAUUAAUCAUCGUCAGUGUAACCAGAAUGCUUGUCCAUCCCACAAUCAUUGAAAUCUGUCCAAACCAAUGCUGAGCCAUCGCAUCAUUUAUUGGAUAAAACCAAACUUACCGGUAUUGCUAUGGGAAAUGCCAUCACGGAUAUAUACUGAAAUUCACACAAAAUCCUGUGACCUGCAAGUACUGACCUCGCAGAUCUAGUGAUGAUUCCUGUGACCACUUAUACGUCACUGAGAAUGAAAUGAGAAAUUAUUAUAAAUUGUGUUCUAUUGCAUUCACAUAAACCCACAGUUGAGUCAAUGCGAACGCCUUCAUGUGGUGAUAUUAGACCCUUGGACAUCGGUCAUCAGGUCUGGACGUUUUGCAGCGACGGCUCUCAGCGUCAACCCUGCAAUGUUUCCAAGCCUCCGCAAACCCCACGCGUUCUACAAUAAUGGGGAAAUGGAAACUCCCAUUUCAUAUUUACACUGGCAGUGCCACUCUCCACCCUCGUGAUGUCUGAAGGUCUUGCCUUGACUCGGCAGUUUUGUGUUCACCCCCCAUGCGUGUCCACCCUCAUGCGGCUAUUGAUUUGUUGCGGUACCAUGGCACCACGGCACCAUCUGUACCAUCAACAGCGGUGGCUGCGGUCGGUAUACAGCGGGACGAUGAGCCACCUGGACGUUUUAAAAGCACAGUAUUUAGUAACUUGAUUAUAAAUUAAAAUUUAGGAAACUGUUUAAAAGUAAAAAAAACCUGAAGUGGAUAAUUUAAGUCACUCGUGCCCUAAGCCUAAUAGACUCAGAAUGGAACAAAGGAGACUGGGGUGGGGGAAGCGGUGUUGGGAGGGGUGAGGGACCGGUACUGCUUUGAUCACCGCAUCGCCCCUCUCCAGCUCAACCUCACAGCUGUGGCCCUUGGGUCGUGCAAUCCUCAUGCCUUUUCACUCCACGUACCCCACAUUCCUACGUGUAAGAAUAUAACACGUUUAAAAAUGUGUAAUCAUGUUAAAAUACCCACUUGAGGAAGUGUGUAAUGCAAGUAAGUUACUUUUAGAUUAUCUAAGAGUAGACCUAGGUUGAACAUUUUGAACAUUCAGGCGUGGAAGUGUAGGCGACCAAAAGUAAACUGAAAAGGGCGCAAAGAAGCGUGGAGAGAUGCACGCUUGAAAUUAUAUAGAGACAAGAACACACGGAUUCGAGAACAUACAUAGGUUAGUGGCACCAUCGAAACUGCUAAGAAAAGUGAGAGGGCUUAGGCUGGAAAUAUUGCUUGAAGGGACGAUGGACAUUAGUAAAGAACACCAGAGUAGCAGUUAAGGAAUGGAAUGCGUCCGAGAUGGAUUUGUAGAUUUCAGGAUUGUAAGAAGUGGUGGUGGCUUUCGUUGAAUUCGCUUGCUUAUCCACUAGAGCCUUGCCGAGUCUUGGACUCUUUCAGGAGGGUCAGACCAACAUUUUUGCAGCAGAGGGCACUAUAACUGCUGUGUAAUCCCAACUGAGUAAUUUACAGGCAUUUAUUUGCAUUGGGAUAUUGUUUUAGCUCUGGGAAGUAACCCAUGCACAACGUUCAAAACAAUAAAACUCCACGCAGACAGGCGCCAGAGUCAGGAAUUGAAUUCAAGCCCAUUUUUGCUGAGGCACGAGUGUCACGGUGCCACCACCCUACCGCCCCGAGAUGACGGAUGUACAGCAAUAAACGGAGAACACCACA